GUGUGCAUUAGAAUGGUGAGUUACAUCGUGUCAGACUAUAUCGCGAGACUAUAAAGUAUACUUUUUAAAUUACUCUCACAGUGAUUCCAUUGUUUAACGAUGUCGUAUAAAAACGAAAAAAUUGGUAUAAUUGGCAGUGGCCUGAUCGGUCGCAGUUGGGCAAUGCUAUUCGCCAGCGUAGGGUAUGAAGUAACUAUUUAUGAUAUCGUUAAAGAACAAAUCACCCGAGCUCUUGACGAUAUUCAUCAGCAAUUGAAGCGCCUUGAAAGUGGCGGUCUUUUAAGAGGGACACUUAAUGCAGAUCAACAAUUUAAAUUAAUUAAAGGAUCUUCAAAUUUGGCUGAAAGUGUAAAAGGAGCUAAACUUAUACAGGAAUGUGUUCCAGAGAACCUACCAUUAAAACUUAAGGUUUACAAUGAACUUGACAAUGUUGUAGAUAACAAAGUUAUUCUAUCUUCUUCAACGUCUACUUUCCGUCCAUCUUUAUUCAGCGAAAAAUUGAAACAUCGCGAUCAAAUAAUUGUAUCGCAUCCUGUGAAUCCUCCGUACUAUGUGCCGCUUGUAGAAAUUGUGCCCGCACCCUGGACUCGUGCUGAAAUACCUUUGCAAACAAAGGCUAUCAUGACCGAAAUAGGUCAAAAACCUGUCGUAUUUUCUAGGGAAAUUGACGGUUUUGCGCUUAAUCGAAUACAAUAUGCGAUCUUAAAUGAAGCAUGGAGAUUAGUAGCUGAUGGAAUAUUAAGCGCAAAGGAUGUAGAUGCAGUUAUGAGUGAAGGUCUUGGAAUGCGAUAUGCGUUCCUUGGUUCCUUUGAAGCCGCUCAUUUAAAUGCUGAAGGAAUGAAGAAAUAUUGCGAAACCUAUAAGAAUUCGAUUUACGAUGUGAGCAUGACCUUUGGUCCAGUUCCUAAAUUCGAAGGUGAAAUGGCGGAAAAAAUAAGUAAUGAAUUAAAUGAAAUGUGUCCAUUGGAUAAACUGCAAGAAAGACGCGCAUGGAGAGAUGAAGCUUUAACGAAGUUGUCUUUACUAAAAAAAGAGCUAGCCCAAAAAAAAUGAACUUGUUCCUAAAAUAUUAAAAUUGUAUUAUGAAAUUAUCGAUAAUUAAUAAAAUGACAAUUAAACUUCUACAUAAAUGAAA